AUGGGGGGGAUUCCAGAGGGGGACAUUUCCUCCCUUAAGACCCCGCAAGCAGAGAGCCCGCUCGGGCGUUCCUUGCAACUCUUUCUCAGGCUCCUCUUCAGCCCUGCUGCUCCCCCAAGGCAGGAAGAGACGAGAGUCCCGGGCUUGCUCCGCGGCUCUCCCACCAGGCGCGGCGAUUGGGCUUUGGGCUUCCUCGACGGCAUCAUCGCGCUCCUGGCGCCCUCCGGGCUUUCCCCUGCUCAGCCCCAAGCGGCUUCGCUGCGCCCUUUGCUGAGCGACGGGAGGUCGCUCAGGAAAGGUCCCGUUUUUGGAGAGGUCCCGUUUCCGGGCGUCCUUCGGCCUGUCCAGCCCCCCGAAGCAAGGGCGAGGCCGGGCGGGGGUGGUGCAGCCUUCAUAUUGCUGGCCCGGAGACGGCACGGACAGCGAGCCAGGCAGGCAGGCAUGGCAGCGGCGGCGGUGCUGGCCGGGCUGGCGCUACUGGCGGGGCUCUACCUGUGGUACUACUAUAAAGUCGUGCGCGGCCCCAAGUGCCCCAACGAGACGAGGCUGCGCGGCAAGACGGUGCUGCUCACGGGGGGAAACUCGGGAAUUGGGAAAGCGACAGCGCUGGAGUUGGCCCGGAGAGGAGCUCGUGUUAUUCUGGCGUGCCGCAACAAAGAACGAGCAGAAUCAGCUGUCCAUGACAUCCGGAGGGAAAGUGGAAACAAUGAGGUUGUCUCUAUGAGCUUGGAUCUGGCCAACCUGAGUUCAGUCCAAUCAUUUGUAGAUGCAUUCUUGAAAUCUGAGCCUCGCCUCGACAUUCUGAUCAACAAUGCAGGUGUUGAGAAUGGAGGCACAAGCCCCGAAGGCUUCAAUUUGGCUUUCCAGGUUAACUACCUGAGUCACUUUCUGCUGACUCACCUCCUCUUGGAUCGGCUGAAGCACUGCGCCCCUACUCGUGUGGUGGUGCUGGGGUCUAUAGUAUAUAUCAUGGGAAGAAUUGACCUCCAGAACAUUCAAAAGCCAGUAGAUGGGCUGCUGAAAUCUUUCCAGGCCUACUGCAACAGCAAAUUGGCCAAUAUCCUGUAUACUCGAGAGCUGGCUAAGAGACUGGAAGGGACCGGCAUUACCUGCUAUGCAGUUGAUCCAGGGCUCGUUAAGACAGGUAUCUUUCGCCAACAUCCCAUCUGGGCAAAGCUGCUAUUGGACACUAUCAGCUGGCUCUUCUUCCGCGAUCCUGUGAACGGAGCUCAGACUUCUAUCUAUUGCGCCACUCAGAAGGGGAUUGAGAGGUUUAGUGGCCACUAUUUUGCCAACUGCAAGGUACAAGAGCCCUUUCCAAAAGCCCGUGAUGAUGCUGUUGCCAAGAAGCUUUGGGAGUUCACCGAGAGAAUGCUGGGAAUCGUGGAGUAAACUUGUUUGUGCUUGGAAGGUGCAUUGGAGUGACUGGCGAGGGAUAGCUUUAUGAUAUGUGUGGAACAGCAAUAAGGGGCUGUGAAGGAGAAAAUCGAAUUGGACCAAC